UGGAUGUGGGCAAUAAUGACGGUGCCUAGGGGUGUGUUUUUACUCCUGCUUUUACAGUGUUUUACCGUAAGAACAUCAGGAACACGUGUCUCCAGCUGUGAUUCAUGUCACGAUGAAGCCGCCUGCCUCGAGUCUAGAGGAAGAGGCGACAUGUCAAGGCAGAUACUCUCUUGUGUCUGUAACGAUGGUUUUGUAGGUGAUGGCCUCAUGUGUUACAAUAUAAAACUCUGUAGUGACUCUUCUUGCUGUAAAGAAGGUUAUCAGUGGUCACCAGACAGGGGCUGUGUGGACACGGACGAGUGCUCUCUUACAGACUCCCCAUGCAAACCAUCUCAGGUUUGCACAAACACUCCAGGCUCUUUCGUAUGCUUGGAGCCUUCCCCCAGCUCCAGAUCAGGUCCCUCCUCCCAGUCUGUCCAGUUCAGCUGUGGCUCCACUGUGUGUCCUUCAGGCACAGACUGUGUCAGAAUGAAUGGGACUCUCCGGUGUGCUGACCCCUGCCAGGAGUACACUGUGCUGAAUGAUGACUGGCGAUCAACAAAUAACACGUCCACCCAGAACCUACACUGUGACCGAAAUGUUGACUGGCAAGGCUGGUAUCGGCUGUUUCUGGGCCAAACCAGUGCUCAUAUUCCAGAGAAGUGUGUGGCUGAAAACAGUUGUGGAACCGAGGGUCCUCUAUGGAUAAAAACCCCUCAUCCCACACAGUCAGGUCAGAUUGUGAGCCGCAAUGUGUGUAACUCAUGGUCAGGAAGGUGCUGUCGUUUCUCCUCACACACUAUCCAUGUCAAGCUCUGCUAUGGAAACUACUUCGUCUACAAACUUGUGCAGCCAAGCACAUGUUCGCUUGCAUACUGUGCAGAGGUGAACGAAGCAACUCCUGAAAAUCCUUCAACCACACCUGAUCCAAGUACAGCGACCUCUUCUGCCAGUCAGGUCAAUAUCACCUCCACCACAGCACCCGACAGCAGCUCAGCAGUUGAGGGUGAGGUCCGUCUGGUUAACAGAGGGAACCAGUCCUGCUCUGGCAGAGUAGAGAUCUUCCAUCGUGGACAGUGGGGGAUGGUGUGUGAUGAUCAAUGGGGCCUGGCUGAUGCUCAGGUGGUGUGCAGACAGAUGGGCUGUGGCAGGGCUCUGUCAGCACCAUCAGCUGCCUAUUUUGGACAGGGCAGUGGACCCAUCUGGAUGGAUGAUGUCUCUUGCACAGGCAGCGAAUCAAAGCUUGGAGAGUGCAGGCACAGAGGGUUUGGAUCACACAACUGUGGACACAAUGAAGACGCUGGUGUCGUCUGUGAAGCUGCUGCACCAGUCAGGCUGGUCAACUCUAAUAACCGCUGCUCUGGCAGAGUGGAGGUCUACCAUGAUGGUCGGUGGACAGUGUGUGACGAUGCCUGGGACCUCAGUGAUGCUAACGUGGUGUGUAGACAGCUGGACUGUGGCCCUCCUCGUUCAGCAUUACUAAAUGCAACUUUUGGACAGGGCAGUGGACCCAUCUGGUUGGAUGAUGUUGGUUGUUCUGGCAACGAAAUAUCAAUAACAGAGUGCAGACAUCCAGGGCUUGGGGUCCACAACUGUAAUCACGUUGAAGAUGCCAGUGUCAUCUGUGAAGGUCAACCAGAAUCUAACAGCACAGUUGUACCCACCACACCUGUUACAACACCUGGGAACAUCACCAUCGCUGAAGUGACAGCUGACAUCCUCUCCACCACAACACCCGACAACAGCUCAGCAGUUGAGAGUGAGGUCCGUCUGGUUAACAGAGGGAACCAGUCCUGCUCUGGCAGAGUAGAGAUCUUCCACCGUGGACAGUGGGCGGUGUGUGAUGAUCAAUGGGGCCUGGCUGAUGCUCAGGUGGUGUGCAGACAGAUGGGCUGUGGCAGGGCAGCACCAUCAGUUGCUUAUUUUGGACAGGGCAGUGGACCCAUCUGGAUGGAUGAUGUCUCUUGCACAGGCAGCGAAUCAAAGCUUGGAGAGUGCAGGCACAGAGGGUUUGGAUCACACAACUGUGGACACAAUGAAGACGCUGGUGUCGUCUGUGAAGCUGCUGCACCAGUCAGGCUGGUCAACUCUAAUAACCGCUGCUCUGGCAGAGUGGAGGUCUACCAUGAUGGUCGGUGGGGGACAGUGUGUGACGAUGCCUGGGACCUCAGUGAUGCUAACGUGGUGUGUAGACAGCUGGACUGUGGCCCUCCUCGUUCAGCAUUACUAAAUGCAACUUUUGGACAGGGCAGUGGACCCAUCUGGUUGGAUGAUGUUGGUUGUUCUGGCAACGAAAUAUCAAUAACAGAGUGCAGACAUCCAGGGCUUGGGGUCCACAACUGUAAUCACGUUGAAGAUGCCAGUGUCAUCUGUGAAGAUAAAUACACACACGCUCAAUUGGCUCCUACACCCACCACUCCUGAUCCCAGACCUGGGACCAUCACCACCGCUGAAGUGACAGCUGACAUCCUCUCCACCACAACACCCGACAACAGCUCAGCAGUUGAGGGUGAGGUCCGUCUGGUUAACAGAGGGAACCAGUCCUGCUCUGGCAGAGUAGAGAUCUUCCACCGUGGACAGUGGGGGACGGUGUGUGAUGAUCAAUGGGGCCUGGCUGAUGCUCAGGUGGUGUGCAGACAGAUGGGCUGUGGCAGGGCUCUGUCAGCACCAUCAGUUGCCUAUUUUGGACAGGGCAGUGGACCCAUCUGGAUGGAUGAUGUCUCUUGCACAGGCAGCGAAUCAAAGCUUGGAGAGUGCAGGCACAGAGGGUUUGGAUCACACAACUGUGGACACAAUGAAGACGCUGGUGUCGUCUGUGAAGCUGCUGCACCAGUCAGGCUGGUCAACUCUAAUAACCGCUGCUCUGGCAGAGUGGAGGUCUACCAUGAUGGUCGGUGGGGGACAGUGUGUGACGAUGCCUGGGACCUCAGUGAUGCUAACGUGGUGUGUAGACAGCUGGACUGUGGCCCUCCUCGUUCAGCAUUACUAAAUGCAGCUUUUGGACAGUGCAGUGGACCCAUCUGGUUGGAUGAUGUUGGUUGUUCUGGCAACGAAAUAUCAAUAACAGAGUGCAGACAUCCAGGGCUUGGGGUCCACAACUGUAAUCACGUUGAAGAUGCCAGUGUCAUCUGUGAAGACUCUGCACUGCAUGAUCACCAGCUAAUUUGCAGCCCUGAUAAACUUCAAAUGGGGCUGGAUUUGGCUGACCUCACCUCAGGUUUGAACCCAUACUCUGGAAACUUGGCAUCUCUUAAUUGCUCCUGGGCCAGAGUACAAAAUAACACGGUGUGGUAUGAAGUAGACGCUGUGGAAGGUGCCUGUGGAAACACUCUGACGACCAACCGCACACAUGCGAUCUACUCCAACAGUUUAUUUGUCUACCCUGUUAUCAAUGGGUCCUUUAACCUUCCUGUGAGCAUCCCCUUCUCCUGUGCGUAUCCCCUGGAAACAGACACCAGCCUGAAUGUGGCUAUCAGACCAUUCCUGCCGUCGUCAUGGGACAUUUUAGGAUCUGGUUCUGGUGCCGAACCCUGUGCCGUCAUGUCUCUUUUCCGUAACUCCGCCUUCACUGAGACUUUCCCAGCUGGAGGGGUCAACCUGCCACUGGGUUCACCUUUGUACGUGGGUGUCUCUGUAACAGAAAGAGAGCUCAGAUUUGUUGUUGUUCUGGAGGAAUGUUACGCCUCUCACUCAUCCGAUCCUCACUAUUACCAGCGAUACUCUCUCAUCCAGAACAAGUGUUCGACCGAUGCCCGACAGGUGUCUGUGAUUGAGAGCGGCAUGUCUUUGCGUGCUCGUUUCUCUGCCCUGCUCUUUCUGCUGGAGGACGAUUAUAGAGCCAUUUAUCUUCACUGCAACAUAAGCCUGUGUGACCGAGAGAGAUUUCACUGUGUCCCAUCCUGUCAAAGGAGGAAAUAUCGCUCUGUUUCCAGCUCUGUUGCUAUGGACCGCGUCACCACUGAACCAAUUGCUUGGGACAAGUCAACUAAGUGAGCUGGUUACACCAACACAUCCCAUAAUGUCAUAUCAUGAAGACGUUUCUCUUAUGCACAAGACAUGAAACUAUUUUAAAAACUGGUUUAACCUUUUAUAAUCAAACUUUUCACACUCACACACAGUCUGUUCUGAUUCU